AUGUACUCACCAGCACAACGGUUUCGUCCCACUGAUAUCGUCCGAGGGUCCCUACUCCUUAUACCCUCAGACUCAAAGAUUCGCAUCUCCGACUUUAUCAAGAUCUCAGACGUCCUCGCCGUUGAAACCCAGUGCCAACCCGGAGUCUGGACUCUUGAAGCCAAGAGUGUCGCUACCCUCUCCGAUCCUACUUCUAAUGAUGAGAUAGCCCCUGACGAUGCACCUGAACCUGAGGCAAAGCCCGGCCCCAGCGGUACGGCGAGGGACCACGGGUUUACAAAAUCUUUCCCAUACGUUCGCAUUGCCCCUGAUAUACGAUGGAUAUCCCAUCUCAUAUUUUCAUUCUAUUCGUCCUCAUACGGUACGAGCUUUACUUCAUCCAUUUAUCCAUUCUCCAAUCCGUUGUUUAAUAUGCGUUUUUGCGAGAUUAUUGCUCAGCAUUACUCUUGGCAAUUUCACUCUCCCGUUUCAAAAACCGGCAUCAUGCCGACUUCCUUUCUCUUUGUACUUUUUGUUCAUUCUAGCGGCAAUACUUGUUUUAUGAAUUCCACGCUCCAGUGCCUGACCCAUAUUCCCGAACUCGAGGAAUACUUCCUUUCCGGUCUUUAUAAACAAGGGCUGAACUACGAUAACCCUCUCGACAUGCAGGGUCAGAUCACUAACGUCUUUGGCGCCCUUAUCCACCACCUAUAUCCAUCCCCCAACUCAUCCGCCGAGCCUGCGACAAAGAGCUAUAGGUGGGGCAACUCCACAAACUCGUAUGCGCCAAGAGAGUUCAAACAUACCUUGGGAAAAUUCGCUCCUGCGUUUUCAGGCUAUCAACAGCAUGAUACCCGACAGUUUCUCGGGUUCUUGUUGGACGGAUUGCAGACUUGA